AUGGCGUAUUGCUACCGCUGCGAAAGGCCGUUUAGGACCCUACUGGCCCUAAACCAGCAUACAUACGACUCUUCUAAACAUCAUAUGUGUCCCGAGUGCACGGGAGACUUCAAGACGCUGUACGAACUUAGGGAACAUUUAGUCGAUGAACAUGACGGGUGUCCAGAAUGCUAUGAUAUAUUUGACAGCGAGUCAGAUCUCCAAGACCAUUUAUUCGAGGAGCACAAUAUGUGCUCUAUUUGCAACCAAUUCUUCAAAUCCCCUUCCAAUCUCAAAUAUCAUCAACUCGUUCACCGCGAGAAAACUGUCAAAUGUUUUGCGUGCUAUCGCAUGUUUGUGACCAAAUCCGCCAUGGUGUUGCACUUGGAAGAGGGAACAUGCAAACCCGGCAUUGAUGUUGAUGUUAUCGACGAUCUCGCGACGGAUUGCUACGAAUCUCACAAAUACCUUGACAAUGACGGCGACUACAAAUGCCCGACUUGCGCAAAAUAUUUCAGAUUCAUGAGCGGACUGUUACAGCAUGCGGAAAGCGACAGUUGCGAUGAGACGCUGAGGUGGAAACAUGGUCCUCUGGCGGUAUUUCUCCGUUUUCUCAAGACACGCGUUUGA